UUUGCAGGACACACAGAGAAAGAGAGAGAGAGAGGGAGAAAGAGACAGGGAGAGACAGUCAGAUAGAGAGUGAGAGAGUGCUGGGAGAGUGAGUGGGAGUUUCUAAGUGGGAACAGAGCAUUCACUGUUUCAUAUUACACAGAAAAGAGGAGAAAGAGGAGAAGAGUUAAUGGUGGGUAAGGGCUCUGGUGGGUUGUGCAGUCAGGCUCUGUUUUGAAUGUAGCUGCUUGUGUAAGUGCUGUGCAGUUGUCUGGGUUUAUGGAUUCGCUGACUGUGGAAAAUGUACUUCUCUAUAGUGGUCCUUGUCCUGACUAAGGCUCUGGUCACAGAGGUAUGUCAAGCCCUGAAUGUGACAAUGACCCCUGGGCCUGUUAUCAUGGUAACAGAGAAAGACAACUUGACUCUGUCCUGCCUGGUAUCUCAGAGGAAGAGGAGCGGUAGUGUCUUGAUCCUUCGCUGGUUCUUCUCUCCUCUUGCUGCUCCUACUCUUGCGCCUCCUCCCUCCUCUCCAUCCCCCUCUCCUCCCACACUCGAGCCCUCUCAGUUUCUGAUCGUGAAGAUGGGCAUAAAGAAAAUGAAGCUGUAUGGGAACUACACCCGUCGUUUCCCCCAGCCAAAGUUUCGUCUAUAUGAGGAAACAGAGGGCGAGGUGUACCGGUUGUGGAUUCUCAAUGUGACAGAGACGGACCAGGGUUUCUACACCUGUAGAGUUCAGGAGAUUCGCAAACACAGAAACACAUGGAGAGCAUCGUCAAAUGGUACCAGCACCACACAGCUGACAGUGCACUUAACGCUUGAGGAUGGUACCAGUGAAGGACUGUGGCGUUUAUUUGCAGAUGUGUAUCUGUGUGCUGUGCUGAUUUGCUCACUGGGCCUGUUGUCCAUUUUCCUGUUCACUCUGGUUCUCACUUGCCAGUACUUUCACAGAAGACACAGGCUCAAAGCCAGUUACCUUCUGGUCAAGUGUCCAGAAAGCAGCUCAGGAGAGACUGUAACCAGCUCCAGCAGUUCCUCCAGUUCCUCCCCAAGAGCCCAAAGGAAACACACAAGACAGAAAACUGACAGAAGAGUAACAGUAACACCACCUAAACUACCCGAGGAGCCACCACCACACAUACCAGCCAAAGUGCCUGUUGCUGCAAAGAGACCUCAGAAGCCCAGAAGGUUAAAGACUCAUCCAAGAAGUUCUGCCACUCCUCGAGUAUCACAGGAGGAUAGUCUGACAUAUGCAGAACUGGAGCUGGUCAGACCGAGGCCCGAGCCCCCAGCCUCCUCCAGCCCUGACCCCACACCCCCCAGCCCGGACACUGUGUAUGCUCAGAUCCUCUUCCAGGAAAAACAGCUGUAAACAUAGCAGCUCUGGACACAUGGAUGUCAUGGUACCUGCUGGUGAGGGCAGCGAUUCAGCUCUCCAAAAUGAACUGAGUGGCAUCCAAAGGACUAUAUUUAUGAACUAUCAGUAUGGCAUUUAGCUUUGUUUUUUGGCUGUAAGUAUGUUACAACUGUUGGUAAAUGAGGGUUUUGUGUUUCCUCGGCGCAGUUCCAUUCCAGCACAGCAGUUUUUGGGUCUUAUAAUUCUGUUGUUUUGUUUGUUGGCAUCGCUGGCCUGUGAGCCAGAUGCUUGUAAGAAUGUUCUUACUGUUAACUAUUCUGUAUAAACACAGGAGACUGUGUGGAACUGUUGUCCAGGCUCUCUUACUGCAGUGUCAUAAGGCAUUGUAACAGUUUUCAACUGUAUUUAUAAUUACAGCAUUAAUACACCAAAUUAAUAAAUAUAUGCCUGGGUCUGACA